AAAAUGUUGGGUCCAAUUUUCUACAAAUAGACCAGAAAAGAAUAAGAGAAGUGUACGAAGAUUAGCGUUCACAAUCGAUUGAUUUCGGAUUUCCAACAAUUUACAUUAGAGAGACAAAUGGAAUCCUUGAUAAAUCUUCUGCUAUGUGUUCUCUUCACAUUUGUCUUGGUCAAGAUACUUCAUUUCAUUGCGAGGGGAAGCAAAACUGAAAGUUCAGGAAAGCUUCCUCCAGGUCCAGCAGCUUUACCGAUUAUAGGCAGCCUCUUGGAUCUUGGUGACAAACCUCACAAGUCUCUGGCAAGGCUUGCCAAGACUCAUGGUCCCUUGAUGAGUUUGAAGUUAGGCCAAAUCACCACAAUAGUUAUAUCUUCCCCAACCCUGGCAAAAGAAGUCCUCCAAAAGCAUGAUGUCUCCUUUUCUAACCGAACCAUUCCUGAUGCACUUCGAGCUCACAAACAUCAUGAACUUGGUCUGCCUUGGGUGCCGAUAGCCAUGCGGUGGAGAAACCUUAGAAAGGUUUGCAACUCCUACAUUUUCACUAAUCAAAAACUCGACGCUAACCAAGACCUGAGGCGCAAGAAGAUUCAAGAGCUGGUUGCUCUUGUUCAAGAACAUUGCCUUGCUGGUGAGGCAAUGGAUAUAGGCCAGGCAGCUUUUACAACCGCACUAAAUGCCUUGUCAAAUAGUAUUUUUUCCUUGAAUUUGUCUGAUUCAAAUUCUGAAACUGCAAGUCAGUUAAAGGAGGUUGUUGGGGGUAUCAUGGAAGAGGCAGGAAAACCAAACUUAGCAGACUACUUCCCUGUACUUAGAAGGAUUGACCUGCAGGGCAUAAAGCGUCGCAUGACAAUUCAUUUUGGGAAGAUACUCAACAUCUUUGAUGGCAUAGUCAAUGAACGGUUACAAUUAAGAAAAAUGCAGGGUUAUGUCCCGGUCAAUGACAUGCUAGAUACUCUUCUCACAAUCAGCGAAGACAAUAACGAGGACAUCAUGGAAACUAGUCAGAUUAAACAUUUGUUCUUGGAUUUAUUUGCUGCUGGUACAGAUACAACUUCUAGCACACUGGAAUGGGCUAUGGCAGAACUACUCCACAAUCCCAGGACAUUAUCUAUAGCCCGAACAGAGCUUGAGCAGACUAUUGGAAAAGGCAGCUUGAUUGAGGAAUCAGACAUUGUCCGGUUGCCUUAUCUGCAAGCAGUUAUCAAAGAAACCUUCAGAUUGCAUCCAGCAGUUCCUCUCUUACUCCCUCGGAAAGCUGGAGAGAAUGUAGAAAUAAGUGGUUACACUAUCCCAAAAGGUGCACAAUUGUUUGUUAAUGCGUGGGCCAUAGGUAGAGAUCCAAGCUUAUGGGAGGAUCCAGAGUCAUUCGUGCCGGAGAGAUUCUUGGGGUCAGAUAUUGAUGCCCGUGGCCGGAAUUUUGAGCUUAUUCCAUUUGGUGCUGGACGAAGAAUUUGCCCUGGAUUGCCUUUGGCAAUGAGGAUGUUACACAUGAUGUUGGGUUCACUUAUUCACUCUUUUGAUUGGAAGCUAGAAAAUGGAGUGACACCAGAGAGCAUGGACAUGGAAGAUAAGUUCGGCAUCACCUUAGGGAAGGCUCGAUCCCUGCGAGCCGUACCAAUACAAUUGUAAGGUAAAUUGCUUGUUUUGUUUGAGAUUAGUAGAAGAGCAAGGGACAUAACACAAUUACUUGAGAGGAUAUGUUGCGUCUUGGAGCCAAAAACUGAUCACUAUCUGUCUUUAGCCAUCCGUGCAUUUAUGGUCUAAAUUCAUUUCAUUUUUCUGUCCCA